UGACCCCGCUCCGGUUGGGCUGCGAAGUGGGGCUGCGUCCCUAUGUUCCGCAAAACACAGCGCGUACACACAGCAUCGUCAUUCAUAGCAAGUGAAGCGGUGUAUUAAACGGUAACGUAUGGAAAGCACCGAAGGUCAACCACGUGACGACACCGUUUAAAGGUUCGCCGCUCGCCCCGCGACACGUUCGCCUGGCUAAAUGACGUUAACUGCUUAGCUGCCUUGCUAAUCCGCUCGCUCGUGGCCGAGCGGAAAGCGAAACAAUCGCUCGCAUGGAAGUUUUGGGGGGCGGCUGAUUUGCUUUUAGUAGCGUUCACGUAUCAGGAUCGCCCGUAGCCUAAUUAGGGUCGUUCCCCGGCUUUGGUGCCAUAGUGACACAUUUGGCAAUGGACUCCUGAGACGCCUGUAUUCGCCGAGCGUUCAGGCAGGGCCAGAGACCUUCGUGGUUUUUGGACCAGAGAUCACCACUCGGACUACAUUUGCCAUCAAAAGCAAGGGGAGCAGAUGGGGAACUGCUGCUGCCCUGCCGCUGGUCACUGUGACUCUUUGGGCGAGAGAAGUGGUUUGUUGGAAGAUCCUUCCAAGGCCACGCUGCCAGCCGCUGACACAGGGCCGGAGGGUGCAGUCCCAGACAGACAUGGAGCUAAUGAUGACGUGAGGAAAAGAAGUGAUGAGAUCCAGGUCAAGAAGGAGGAAAGUGUUGUCACUGUGCAGGUUAAGCUGAGUCCUCAAGUCAGGGAGAGAGAGCUCUCUAAGACUCGGGAGAACGGUGCUCCUCUGAAGGAACAAGUGCAACCCUCUCCUUCUAAAGGCAAUGGACUUGAACAAAGCUCAACCAACAAAUCACCGGACAAAAAGUUGGAGGAAGUUGCUUCAAUUAGCAGACCCAUUGAAUGUCUCCAGUGCACUUUAGAAACUUCACAGGUGGUGGAACGUGCUUCUUCUGAUGAGGAGCAGUUUGCAAAAACGAAGGUAGUGCUUGUGGAUGAGCUUCCAGCUGCAGCGCCAGACAAAACCCCUGAAGGCAUCUUGCAAGAGUCUGAUGCUGUCAGCCUUGAAAACCUUAUGCUAAGGACAGCCAUACCCAAAAAACACAGUACACCAGAGAUGACCCAUGAUGACAUCAACAGCUCCUUAAGGACCACUGAAAAUGCUGAGGCUUCAUUCUCAGGUAAUUUCUCUCACUGUAAUGAAGAGACGUCUCUAUCCGAUGCUCAGCUCCAUGCAGAGACUUGUCAGAUAUCCCCUAUCUCCAUGGCCUGUCAGGAGGCGGGCACGGAGUCGACACUCAUUGGAAGUACACUUCAGCCACCUUCCCCCUCUGAAUCUCCUAACUGUGCUGUGACAAAUGAGAGUCAGUUAGAGAAUGGAAGCAGUUCAGGGUGCAAGGACGACCAUGCUGAGAAAACGAUAAGCCCUGAUGUUUCUAAGCCAUCUCCUGGAUUGGACUUCACAGCACUAAAACCAAACGCUGUGGAACAGGAACCUGCUGACUUGUUCAGGGAGCCAGAGACCACAGAUCCUCCAGAAGCAAACAAGAGUCUUGUGCAGGAUGUUGAAGAAAUGGAGGCGAAGCCAGCAGUCAGAGAUCCUAUCGCAGAGGAAGAGAAGGAAAUUGCCUCAUCUGAUGUCAUGACAAAGGCUGUGAAAGAAGGAGAAAUACUAGACCUAAGUGUGAAAGAGGAGGUGUUGGCCACCAGCACAUCUGACGAUAUGGAGGUCAAGGUGGUCCCUGUCACGGAGCAGGAUUGCUUUGCUGAGGAUGCCAUCGGGAAUAGUGAUGAAGACCUGUACAGAGGAGCCGAAGAACUCUCCUCAACACCAGCUAAAAGAGCAGCAUUAGCCCCACUGUUAGAGAUCACACCUCCAAAGUUGGAGGACAGAUGCGGUUUGUCACCAGCGGUGGACAUUCUGUCCUACUGUGAGAGGGAGUGGAAAGGAAAUACUGCCAAAAGUGCUCUCAUUAGAAAGGGUUAUAAAGAGAUGUCCCAGAGGUUUGGCAGCCUAAGAAGGGUGAGGGGGGACAACUACUGUGCCCUGAGAGCCACUCUUUUCCAGGUGCUCUGUCACACCACCCGACUGCCUGACUGGCUGCAAGAGGAAGAUAUUGCAACGUUGCCCGUGGAACUGGAGACCCGGGACGGCCUGAUAAGCCAGUGGAUCUUUCCUGGAGAAUGCCAACAGGGAGACGGGACCAUGGAUGCUACUCAACAUCUAAAGGGUUACGUGGAACUUUUCCGAAAUACGUGGCUGGCGGCAGUUGGCUGUUCUAAUGUUGAGGAGCGCCAGAGUCUUUGCGAGCAAGUGUUCCAGGGCAGGGAGGAGGAGCUGGGCCUGUUGGAGGCUCUCAAGCUGCUGAUGCUGGGCCAGGCUGUGGAGCUCCAUAGCCGCAUGCAGACAGGAGGGGACGUCCCCGUAUUCUGCUGGCUCCUGUUCGCCCGGGACUCGUCCGAGUGCCCCCGUACCUUCCUCUCCAACCACCUCUGCCAUGUGGGCUUCAGUGGGGGGCUGGAGCAGGUGGAGAUGUUUCUACUUGGGUACACCUUGCAGUGCACCAUUCAAGUUUACAGACUUUACUUGGCUGACACAGAGGAGUUUGUCACGUAUUACCCGGAUGACCACAAGGAAGACUGGCCGUCCGUAUGCCUGGUCACAGAGGACGACCGCCACUACAAUGUGCCAGUUGAAGAGGCUGCAGAGCCUACCGUGGAACUGGCCACUAGCUGAUAGCCACCGAACAGAAUCUCCUGCCAAGGACAUGAAACACUGCUCAGGUUGAAUAAGAUGAAUACAUUUAUGACAAUUAAAAGAGAAGUCAUUUGCAAGACGUGUUUAACCCAUUUGUUCAGUGUUCUGUUUGCAUAUUUGUGUGUGUAUAUAUAUUUGGAAUAUGAUGCUGAUAGAUGAGCUCUAUCUAUACUGAAUUGUAUGAAAUAUUGUGUGACUGAGUUUACAAUGGGUAAUGGCGCACAUGGUAGUUUAGACUGGGAGUCUGGUCCGCUGCAUUCGUUUGUGAAUUCUAAGCAAGUAAAGCCAGCAACACCAUAACCUUCUCAGAUCUUUGGUUUGAACACUGUAGAUUUGAUGUUUAGUUGGGGUAAAGACGUGUCGAGUAAUAUAUUCCUCUUAAUUAUUUUAAAAGAACUCCCAUAUUUGGACUUCAGGUUUGUGGAAGAGCCGUUGAACCAGUCUGUGUAUUUUCUGAUGGGUUUUUAAUCAGAUUUACUGGUAAUUUAACGUCGGAUGAAAAUUUGAAGACAAGCAAGACUGGUUGCUAUCGGAGCCAUGAUGUCGGUCUGUGCAUGUGUGAGAAUGUGAAAAACUUGUUUUACAUGUUGCCUUUAACCAAGCUGCUUCAAGAGACAUGUGCCAAUGUUGUUACAGAUACUGGUGACAGUAAAAUCACAAGUUCCUGGGUUGCUCGGAGUAGUUAAGCCUUGCUUGGUCUUCCUUGUUGCCUUAGUAGAAAUGCACAAUAAGAAUUAACACUUACAAUGGGGGGGGGGGCAUUUCUCCUUGCCUUAAUUCCUGAGCAGGUGGAACAGAUAAGCUAGCUAACAUUUACACUGAUUAUGCUGGAAAUGAGGCUUUUGC